AUGGUUGACAGACACCUGGAGGAGCUCCCGUCCUCCACCCACAGGCUGAGCGACCUGGGGGGCGGGGAGCGACUCGAUCCCCCUGUGUUCAGCUGCUUCCUCUAUGAAGCCUGCGUGAUCCAGGCCUGUCUGCGAGGCUCAGGUGACCGCCCAGUGGAAGCGUUUCCUCAGCCAGGGACACCUUGCCGCGGCUGCCGUGUGCGUGUGCUUUGCAACCCUGGUGCAGGGACUGUGCCCCCAGGCUGGGGGCUGAAGAAGGCUGCCAGGCAACCCAGCUGUGCUGCCAGCGCGGAGAGCCGGCUGCUCGUUCUCAGCGAGCUGCUGGAGACAAAGGCCCGCUCCCCGCUUUACCAAGAAGGGGUGAGCAACGCCCUGCUGAAGGUGGCUGAGUUGGGGCUGACCCGGGCGGCUGACGUCCUGCUGAGGAACGGGGCUGACCUCGGCUUUGAAGACCCGGUCACCUACUACACGGCCCUGCACAUCGCCGUCCUGCGGAACCAGCCUGACAUGGUGGAGCUGCUGGUGCGCCAUGGGGCCGACAUCAACCGCAGGGACCGGAUCCACGAGAGCAGCCCCCUGGACCUGGCCAGCGAGGAGCCCGAGCGCCUGCCCUGCCUGCAGCGCCUCCUGGAGCUUGGGGCCGACGUCAACGCAGCCGACAAGCAUGGGAAGACCGCCCUGCUCCACGCCCUGGCCAGCAGCGACGGGGUGCAGAUCCACAACACCGAGAACAUCCGGCUCUUACUGGAAGGAGGGGCAGACGUCAAGGCGACCACCAAGGACGGGGACACCGUGUUCACGUGCAUCAUCUUCCUGCUGGGGGAGACCGUGGGAGGGGACCAGGAGGAGGCCCAGAUGAUCAACCGCUUCUGCUUCCAAGUGACGCAGCUGCUGCUGGCUCACGGGGCCGACCCCAGCGAGUGCCCCGCCCACGAGUCCCUCACCCACAUCUGCCUCAAGAGCUUCAAGCUGCAUUUCCCUCUGCUGUGCUUCCUGCUGGAGUCCGGGGCCGCCUACAACUGCUCCCUCCACGGCGCCUCCUGCUGGUCUGGCUUCCACAUCAUCUUCGAGCGCCUGUGUUCCCACCCCGGCUGCGCCGAGGACGAGAGCCACGCCGAGCUGCUGCGCAAAGCCGAGACCAUCCUGGACCUCAUGGUGACCAACUCCCACAAGCUGCAGCUGCCCGAAAACUUUGACAUCCACCCUGUGGGCAGCCUGGCGGCCAGGAUCCAGGCCCUCCACCGCUCCCUGCGGCAGCUGGAGAGCUACCCCCCGCCCCUCAAGCACCUGUGUCGCGUUUACAUCCGGCUCUACCUCCAGCCGUGGCCUGUGGACGCCAAGGUCAAAGCCCUGCCUCUCCCCGACAGGCUCAAGUGGUACCUCCUCAGUGAGCACAGCAGCACCGCAGAAGACGAAGUCUGAGGCCCCGGGCGGAGGGAGCAGGGUCUGGACAGCCGUCAGCCUGUGGGUGUGGCCUCAGGCGAGUCCUGUCACCCGGAAACCUGUGGGUGCGCUGCUGGCCCCGGCUGGGGAGGAGACUCAGCCUGUGCCGAGGUGGCGGGCGAGCAUGGCAGCUGCGUUUUUCCAGUGCAGGCUUGUUCUGUCUUCCUGGGAGCCCCCACCCCCAGCCUCAACUACAUUGAAAAAGGGUCAGGGUUUAGAUUAGGUCAGUGCCUACCCUCCUGACUUGAGGGCUGUUGGGCACUGAGGCAGGCUGCUCCAAGCCUGGGUCCCGGAGUGGCAGGAGACCGGGCUGUCUGCCUGAGCGCGGCGAGCUUCGCCGGCCAGGGGCUGGGCGCCACCCGGCCAGGGCCCACCCUCUUCACUUGGACCGUCACUUAGGGCGGUGCCCUGUGGGUGUUGAGGCUGAGCCUGCCCUGGCAGCGUGCGCAGCCCAGGCCUUUCGGCCACGUGGAACCGAUCAUGAGCGCAACUGGACCGGCUUCCCAAGCGUCUGCCUGCGGGAGGCUCCCCGUGGAGAAGCUGCCCGACGUGAGCCCCGUGUCAGGCUGGUCGUGGCUGCGUGGAGGACAAGUGGGAGCAACCUAACGAUAUAUUUAUGUUACAGAAUUAAACCGAUUCUCUCAG